AUGGACGAGAAGAAAAGAUACGCGUGGCUGGACAUGUACAGCACAAGGAACAACACAGUAACAUUCGAGCAGCUGGGAGUCUGCGAGCCUUUUAAUGAAUUCUUUGAGGGCGUUUUGAAAAUUAACCCAAGUCCAGAAAUAAAAAGAUUCUACAAGAUAUCUCUGCACCUGAUAGGGUUUCUGACAAUCCAAAAAAGGAUAAAGAAAAUCAUAGCAAAGCACCAGCCGCUCUCUCCAGACGAAAAAAGAGUGCUUGAUCUUAGGGCCGAGAAUAUCUUCUGGGCAGCAACAAGCAAUAUGCCCAAGGCCUUUAUUUUUUCAACGCUCCCAGAGCUCACCGUUUCGAAGGACUUCUACAGAAACCUGCAGGAAAUAGCAGUUGAAAUGGCAAAGCUCAAAAAGAUGCAGAAGCCCACGCACAUAGCAGACGUGCAGUACAGGAUACUUGAAAGAGUCCUGACAAACCAGGAAAUAAGAAGCAGACACUCAUUUGCAAGGGACAAGUUCACGUCGAAUGAGCUGCAGGCGGUUUUCAAGAUGUUCAUGCGAAUAAAAAAGAACAGCAUGGCAGAAAGCUUCUACAGACACUAUGAGCUGGCAUAUUUCCUCAAUGUGUACUACAAAGAAAGAUGUCUUGGCAAUGCCACGCCAAUUGCGCAGUGUGACAUAGACUUUCUGGUGGAUAGAGCAGGAGAAGGAAAAGAUGGCAUUUCAGAGAGCGACGACACAGAGGGCGAAGGGUACGAAAGAAGAAUAAAAGAUAGAAAGUUUGUACUGAUAAUGCACGCACUUAUCAACCGGUUCAGCAAGCAGGUUGAGCUGAGCAAAAAAAUAGAAUUUUACACAGUGGCCAUACUUCAGACAUUUUUGCAAAAAGAAGCUCUUCUCGGGUACUUCAAGGAUUUCUCAGCUGAGAUUCUCAUUGUGGGGUUUACGUACAUAGCCAUGAAAGUGCAUAGCAAAGACAUGUCGGUACGGACGGUCUAUGAAGUGUACAGGUCCUUUGGGUUUAUCACACAUUUCAGAGUGGAUGACAGAAAUAGAUUGGAUAUUACAGUGGAGGAGAUAAUCAAGAACCUGAUAGUGAAAACGUACAACACCUUGCUCCCUAGCAUACUGAAAAACAUCAAGCCUAAGAGCCAGGCGCCGCCCUCAGAGGCAUCAAGCCCUAAGGAAGGCAGUAGCAGUGUAAAAUACAUGCUCUCGCCGCUUCCCGGGAGAAUGAGCCAGAUAGUUCCCGUCUCUGAAAACGCCAAGAAAGUUUUAUUCGCAGAGAAGCAGAUGUAG